AUGGAAACUAUUGCCACCUAUCCCAAAAGUAAUUCCACCCUUACUAAAAUGAAGGCCCCAAGCUUUGAUCUGACUCACUACUCCGUUUCCGUUACCACGGAUGAUCACUCCAGCGGUGGACCGUCCGAGGACGGAGAUGCUGCUGGUGAAGCAACAGGUGCUAGCGCAUCUGUGGCAAAUAACGUGAACACCGACGAGGUAUCCGACAGUGAACAAGACAUCGUCACAGUGGUCCAUCUGACGAGCACGACCGCAGCAGAUGCGGAAGACCUCUUUUCAGCAAGCCCAAGUCUUCCGAAUGGCUUUGUAGAGGAGAAAAAUGACGACGACAAACUGACACUCAAUGACGUAGAACCUCUCAGGACCGCCGAAGCAAACGAAGAAAUCGAUGUUAUUGGUGCAAAGGAUGCUGACGACCGAGCGAAAUUAUCGGAACAGCAAUCACAUCUACAGGGCGAGUCCGCACAGAUGCAACAUGGUGCUGCGCAGCAAUCGCCAAGCUCACCUAAAAUCACCAAUAUUCCGAUCCUGAGACUGACUAGAGCUAAACGUGAAGACUGUAAAUCGUGGAGUCGAUGGUUAUUCGGUGAGAUAACGAAAAUCUACGAAAGGACCCCUGAUCAUGUUGCUAUG